AUGCCCAUGGCAACCAAUCCCAUGCGCCUGAGUAUGGACAGCUUGCUUGGUCAAAGAAGUCUCCCUUAUUCCCCCGUCAGGAAAAAUGCUACAGCGCGCUCUGGGACAGGGGAACGACCUUAUGACUACACACAUCAUGACAAAGAAAGUCGACUUCGGCAACAGCAUGGUUCGGGAUCUCUUGCCGAACUAUCUGAAUCCGACAAAGGUGUCCUUGACACGGGGCGAACACAUGAACACAUUCCGAGGAAACUUUGUGAGUGCCAGAAGUCGUCCGUCCGUCGUCAGUACCUGGAGAGAGCCCCAACGAACCCUGAGCUCAUGCAGACGGGGCACAGCGUGAAAGACUCGUACAGGGACUCGAAAUUGUCUGCCGUGGAUGAGGAUGCGCUGCGCACUGAUGGAGGUCUCAGGGAAGAAGGGGACUGUGUCUGUAUGUCAGCAGGCAGUGAUUCCGAAGAGGGAGUGCCGAAGCGCAAGCAGAGGAGAUACAGGACUACAUUUACCAAUUUUCAACUGGAGGAAUUAGAGAGAGCUUUCCAAAAAACACAUUACCCAGACGUGUUUACCAGGGAGGAACUAGCAAUGCGACUGGACCUCACAGAAUCACGUGUGCAGGUCUGGUUUCAGAACCGUCGAGCCAAGUGGAGAAAGCGAGAGAAAGCUGGUGUGCAACCCCUAUCUUUAAACUUCCCUUUUUUGGGGCCUACACCCUCAAUACAUCCCAUGGGUCACUAUUUAGGUCGUGGACCGUUCCCUACCCAUCUUUUCCCACUUUUGGACUCCGCGUGGACUGACGGAACCACCUCUUUCCCCUUCUUUGGCCAGUCCCUCGCCAGUUCCAUCUCCUGCCUCAACCUUGGUUCUUUCCCAGGGGUAUCCACGUCCAGGCACCCCGCCAUUGGCCCUUCGUUUGGUCGGAUGUUCUCCAUGCGACCACUGAGCUAUCCGAGGCUACCUAUACCUGCAGCGGUGGGCAGUCCUGUCCCUACCCAGGAUGCCAUGUCCAGCGGCGCUCGCGCCUCCUCCUCCUCAACACCUCCCUCCGUGUCCAGCUCCUCUCCUGCUGACCGGCGGGCCUCCAGUAUCGCUGCGCUGCGCCUCAAAGCCAAAGAGCACUCUGCCCAGCUCACACAGCUCAGCGCCGCAGCCUUGGGCACAACCAGAAGGGAGCCAUGUUGAAAAUCCCUCAUAUAGGGUUUUUUUUUUGGCAAGCAAAUGGUUUUAGACUAGGUAACUAAAGAAAACCUUUGUUUGUGUGCUUUUAUUACGUCUAAUGCUGUCAACAGAUAUUGAGAGACGUCUGAGACUGUAACAGGAAAGGUUUA